AUUACCCUUGAUUAAAGGGUAGUAAAAAAUUCCCUGGCACGCGUCCGUAAGAAACCUCCGCUGAAGAAUUUCUUUUUAUGUUUCAGUUUAAUACCUGACUUUUUUGUCUUUGAAUUUUUGAUUCACCCUACAAAAAGAUACAUACGCUACCUAGCUCUUUCCCGGUUUCGAUUUGUUUUCUGCGGGACCCUUCAAAUCUACAAAAGUACAUACCUACAUUUAGUCGCAAUCUACGCGUUAAUCGGCUCCACAGUUUCCGGGCGCAGCGCCGUUUGACAGAUAGCCAACUCUUUUUCUCUUCCCCUGAUUUUAUUUUAUUAGUUCUAGUCCUCCUCCGAUCUUCCUCCUCGCCCUAGCCCUUCGAAGUUCGAACACCGCCAUACUGAAGACAGAACACCAACUCCCCCCCCCCCCUCCUCUACCGUUCCGGUUUUCAAAAAGGCCAAUACGGCUAGCUAUAUAACGUCGCAAUCAUGUCCGACAAGAAGAACGAAGACUAUGCUAUCCGCAUGCCCGACUCGGGUUUGCGAAGCCCUUAUGACGGCGGAGAGAAGGAUCCCUUCAUCCCGUCCCGCCCUGCGCGCGCCGCUUCCCAGCAGCAGCUCUCUUCCCAGAUCGCCAAGAUCGAGAAUAACCCGACCGUCUCCAUUCUUGCCUACUGUCUGUCCUCGAUUAGUAUGACCGUCGUCAACAAAUACGUCGUGUCCGGCUCCGAAUGGAACUUGAACUUCUUCUACCUCGCAGUCCAGUCCAUUGUGUGUAUAGUAACCAUCGAGGUCUGCAAGCAAUUGGGUUUAAUCAAGACCCUUGCGCCUUUCGACGUAAACAAGGGAAAGCGAUGGUUCCCCGUCUCUCUUCUCCUCGUCGGUAUGAUAUAUACGAGCACAAAGUCGCUACAGCUCCUGUCUGUUCCCGUCUACACCAUCUUCAAGAAUUUGACCACUAUUGUUAUCGCAUAUGGCGAGGUCCUAUGGUUCGGAGGUAGUGUCACGCCUCUGGCACUCCUUUCGUUCGGUCUGAUGGUCAUGAGUUCCGUCAUCGCCGCUUGGGCGGACACGCGCAGCGCUAGUCAAACUGCCGAGGCCGCUGAGGCUCUUGCGUCCCUGAACGCUGGAUACGCUUGGAUGGGUCUGAAUGUUUUCUGCACUGCUUCCUAUCUUCUGAGCAUGCGUAAGGUCAUCAAGAACAUGAACUUCAAGGACUGGGAUAGCAUGUUCUACAACAACUUCCUCACCAUCCCCGUCCUAAUCGUCUGCUCGCUUAUCACCGAGGACUGGUCCAGCGAGAAUUUGGCCAGGAACUUCCCCAUCGAGUCCCGAAAUGCUAUUUUGAUUGGCAUGAUAUAUUCGGGUAUGGCUGCUAUCUUCAUCUCGUACUGCUCUGCGUGGUGCAUCCGGGUUACAUCCUCCACUACCUACUCCAUGGUUGGAGCUCUCAACAAGCUCCCGCUCGCUGUCAGCGGUCUUAUCUUCUUCUCCGCACCUGUCACCGUAGGCAGUGUUUCGGCCAUCUUGAUCGGGUUUAUCAGUGGCCUUGUGUAUGCUUGGGCCAAGGUGCGACAGUCGCAGCUAGCCAAGAACUCGCUGCCGACCACGCAGCCCACGAUGAGCGCGAGCUCCCAGAGCAACCGCGACGCCGCUAACUCGUAGACGAGAGCGCAGUGCUUUCUGCGGGUUUCGCGGCGAUGUUCCUGGCACCGACAGCAUGGGCACUUUGAGCUAGUGCAAUUCUAAACCGGGCGGCAAACACUGCAAGACAGUCAAGCAACA